AUGAAACAUAGAAUCCACUGUUACCGCAAUAGAAAAUUUAAAAGCGACGGUUGCCUCCCUGAGCUGCAGACUGCCCCCGGCGAGCUCAGCUCUCCCCGACGGCGGGAGGCUGCGGUGUUCGACAACAGGAGCCUGCUGGGCACUCCGAAGCGCCCGCCGCUGGGAGUGCUCCGCAGGCACCUCCGGGAGAAACUUCAUGAAGAAAUUGACAGGGUGAUCGGGCCAAGCCAAACCCCUGCCUUCAGAGACAGGCCAGAGGUGCCCGACGUGGACGCUGUGGGGCAUGAGAUCCAGCGCUUCAUCAACCUCCUGCCCUCCCACAGGGCGCAGGAAGCAACCCAGGACACAGUGCUCAGAGGGUGCGUCAUCCCCAAGACGGCCUUUAUUCUUCGGGGUGCGCCCGUAACCCCUGCACUGGACUCUCUCUUGUAGGACGGCCAAGAAUUCCCAGACCCAGAGAAGGUUAAGCCAGAGCACUUUUGGAAUGAAAACGAGAAGUUCCAGUACAGGGCCUAUGUCCGGGCGUUUCCGCAGACAGGAAGACGGGCGUGUGUGGGAGAAGGCCUGGCUCGCACGGGGCUGUUUCUCCUCCUCGCUGCCAUCUUGCAGCCCCUCAGCCUGGAGUCUCCCGGGCCCGAGGACAUCGGCCUCACCCCCACCGUGAGCGGGUUUGCUGGCAUCGCGCCCCGUGGCCGACUCUGGCCCUCCCCCGCCCGCCAGCGUGAGGGAUCCUCCCAGACAACCCGGGACGGGCCCCUCCUCAGGGCCCUCGUCACACGCUCCGAGGCCCAUGUGCCGAGUCCGGUGCCGUAUUCCCAAGUCCUGGGAUGA